AUGUCCCAAUUACCAUCCCACCAACAACAUCAGCCCGAUCGCCGUCCUCCAGCGGCCAAUUAUCGCCAACAACAGCUGCAUCAAGCAUACCCAAGUAAUUCUGUCCCCGUACAACACGCACUGGUUCAACCACCCCUACCGUCCUCAUCAUCAUACCAUGUCCAACAGCCUAAUGUCGACCUGCCGCCUUUCGCAAAACCCCUCAAGAAGUCUGGCUCUCGGAGCGCUAUUGCCUGUAACUUGUGUCGCGCUCAAAAGAUGAAAUGCGAAGGCCCUUCCUGCCAACCGUGCAAAAGGUGCCAACGGCUCAAACAGCCUUGUGUGUUUGGAGAAAGUCAGGGCAGGGGGCGACAGAUUGUAUGGGCCAAACGGACUGAAGAGCUCGAGGCUCGAGUCUCCAAACUCGAAGAAGAGCUCUCAGCAACUAAAGCUCGAGUUUCCCGAGUUGAAGAUUGUGUGGCGAACCUUCAAACUCCCACCAAACAGCAUUUAAGGAAACGCAAGCCUUCAACUGAAGCUGCGGUACAAGACAAUCCUCAGCCAUGUCAGUCCGCGGGAGCCUCGAUGGUCGAAGGACCUCCAACCAGUAAGGCCAUCCAAGCCGCCCAGUAUGGUCCGCGGAGGACGGACCUCAUUGAACGAGGAAUGCUGAGCCCAGAGAUGGCGAAGCGUUUGUUCGAGACCCAUCAAACCCGCUGGGCACCCCAAAUUCCCUGGCUAAACAUCCCCGACACAUUCGACAACGUGAGGUGGCACUCACCCUUAAUGCUGGCCGUCGGUUGCAGUGCUGGGGCCCAAGGGAAUCGAGAUGUUGAGACUUACCUCAAGAUGAAAGCCCACGCCAUCGAGCUAAUUCUCGAUGUAGUCUUCUAUCGGGUUUUCGCUCACGACCGACCACAGUCAUACCAGGACCUGAUUGCGGUGAUCGGAUGCAUCAUCCAUUGCGGGAUCUACAUUGACCCAGUCUUAGUCGUCGACCAUGCGGAAUAUCUUCGACUCAGGGAUGUCUUCGACCGGAUCCCCGAACCUCGCUGGAAGUCCGAAUUUGACCAGCGCCAAUUGCUAUCCGUUGCCCGUACAUUUAUCGGAGUGUACAUCCAUUCUGUUAUGUAUAGUACAUUGAAAGGAAAACCGUGUGUUAUGCGAAUUGAUGAAAAAGUUUUGAUUUUAUAUUGUAAAAUCAUUUGUGACUCGCCGUACAGUGAUCCGAAAUGGGAUGGCAACUUGAAAUACUUCGUUAGAUAUUAUGUGAUAAUGCAGGAGGCUCAAGAAGACCUAGACAGUCAUUAUCGAUUGGGAUCGAUCGAUAUUCCUAAACGACUCGCUGUUGUGGAGAAAUAUAACACAAAGGUCGAUAAUUGGAAAGAGGAUAUUGACCGCGUUAAAGCUAACCUUACUACGGAUGCUGCCAGCGAAUUUGACCACUUAUACCAUCGAGCAUUUGCGUACUUGACAUGCUUCGUAACCCAAGACCUUAUGCACUCCUUGAGUUCCAACGAGCGAGGAUUAAAGUUGGCCAAAGAAGGGGUCGCGCAUGCACUUGAAGUACUGAAGCAAUUUAUUGAUACCCGAAAAGCUGAGCGCGGUGUGCCGUGUGUUCAUUUGGAGUAUAGGAAAGCCACAAUCUCUGUUGCAACCGCGUGUAUCUGCGAAUGCUUCUAUUUAAUACCCGAACAUAUCGAUGUCGAUUACUGUCGAAAUAUUAUCAAGACAUUUGCGGAUGAGGUAGAGAGGGAAGGGGGCGCGUCGGGAACUGGACCGAAAGAUCAAUAUGUAACAAGGUUAAGGAAAGUUUUGGAAAAGUUAGAUAGCCAACUGAGGCCUCAGUCAGUAAGCGCAUACCAGGACGAGCUUGAACAUGAACAAUUACCCCAAACAGGAACCCAGUCCGUGGACACCAACGAGAUCCAAUCAUCCCUACCAUCGCCGCUGGAUAUGACCAGCUCAACUAAUUUCCCGCGACCUUCAGCUCUGGAAAAUCGCGAAUCAAUGAGUGAUACAGCAUUGUAUCAUGGUUUCCCGCCCGAAACGAGCCAGAAUGAGCAAACGUAUGGAAAUGGGCUCUCAGAAAACGACCAUAUCUGGACACGCACGAUCGACAUGCCCAUCAGAUCGGAAACACCGCCGACCUCGUCCAUCAGCUAUGACCAGUCGAUACCGUCUCUGAGUCACGAUCCGCUGGAAGAACUGAAUAUGGUUUGUUACGAAAACGAAAAACCUUAUGGACGUUUGGACUACGAGUCGAGCGUGCAGAUGAUCGAGCAAGGCCCCAAAGUCGCGUUUCCUGACGAUAUGCAUCCCCAGACAAGGAUGAGUGGGACGAGCGAGGGUUGGAAGGCUGAGCCAUCCCAGCCCUGCUACCCAAACGCCAACUCGAUGAGCUACGUUCCGGACCAGGUCAGAGUGGAUCCGGAGGCUGAUGAGACUCUCCGGCAGAUCUUUGCCCAAUCCGCCCCCCUGCCCCUGCCCACCCCCCUUCAUCCCUAUCCUCAACACCAGUACCAUCAACUUCACCCCGACGGAGCUGAGUCAGGAUCCAGCUUUACCCAUUCCAAUCUGACCGCUUUCACAAUCCACCAAAGCCAAUCCGAUGGCACCCAAUCGUUCCUUCCCCACGAACCUCAAGCUGGUCAACAAGAACCAGAGGAAACCUUCAACUUAAUUCAAUCUUUGAGGACCGUUUAUCCCAACCGGAUGUACCAGACCACUUUCCAGAAAACCUCAUGA